CUGUAUACAUUUGAAUUUUAUUGUUCUGAGUCGCUAAUACUGAUUAUUAAAAUAAUUGUUUUAAAUAAAUAAAACAACAAUGAACUAUUGUUUCAAUUUGCCGCAAAUUAAAAUUAUUAUUUCUAUAAUAAUUAUUGCAGUAAAUAUUUUUUCGGUGACGCCGAAAUUGGUUCAAAUUAAAAAUGAUGAUCCACGUCAAUGGAGCAAAGGUUCAUUCACUGAGUUCAAUAACCUAUUCGCAAUUUCAAUUGACGAUAAAUAUUUGAGCAAUGAUACAGAUCCUUAUAAAUGUAAUGCAAGUAAUCCAGUAAUUAAAAAUGUGGCAUCUGAUCCCAAUUACUGGAAUGCAUGUCCUGGAUUAAUUCGCAACUGCUGGAUAAAUAAAGAACCUACUGAUGAGGGCAGCCCCGUUUUUGAUAAGUGUUUUUGUUCAUGUGAACAUAACGAAGACUUUAAAGGUGCUGUAAAUACUUCUCGCAAUGAAGACAUUGUCUAUUUUUUCAAUCUUCCUCGGCCUAAAUUACUUGACUCCAUUUGCUUUGAUCCAAUUGUAUUAGAAGAUGACUUUGUCGUAACUGGUGUUAGAUUCCAGCAAUAUGAUAACAGAAUACAUCUUGAAGUUCAAAAAGGAGUACUUGCACAUGGAAUAAUUGACCCAGUCACCGUCGACUGGAACAUUGUGAGAACAUGCAAUGAUUCAAGAAAAAUACUUAAAGAUUUCAGCAGUUCUGCUUACAGAAGCAUUAAAGUUGUAUUAGAAGACAUUACUCUAUCCGGAUUUAAUUUUGUCACAGGUGUUACAUUUGGUGAAUCAUUGCGUGGUCGAUCCACUGAUGACGACGGUUAUUUCGACUCUGAAGCACCAAACAAAAAUUAUACGAGCCGUUGUACUAACAGUACUACAAACGUAUUUAAAAAUUACAAGAUUCUACGGCCAUCUACAUCUGCAUCAGAAGAUAAUCGAGAUCUGAGUGAGUCAUGCAACCAUCACAUUGAAUUCCGUACAACUUCUUUUGAUCCUAACUAUGAGCAACAUAUCGUCCCGUAUGUUGAUUUACGAGAAGUAGUUACAAAUCCAGCAGUGCCUAUCAGUGGAAUCGGAUGGUAUUAUCGUGGAUAUCCAGAGUGCGGAGGAUUUUUAGCUUUAAAAAUUUUCAUUCUGGAUUAAUUUUUUAUAAAUUGCUAAAUAUAAUAAAAUCAUAACAUCUAUAGUUAAAAAAAUAAAUAUUCAAUUGAUUAUUUCAAGAAAGCCCUGAUUUUCUAUAGAUUUUCUAUACUCUCUAAAAAGGAAUUAAUGAAAAUCA